GUUCAUUAGUCUCAAGCUCUCUUUGAGGGAUACCAAGUACAGCAUGAUUGAGAGAGUGCUUGCCCACAAGUUGGCGGUCCUAACCCUCCGCUAUUACCUGCUGGGAUGGGCCUUCAUCCUCUGUUCGGAUCGCGCCCUGCUUCAGUGGCUCCACCGUAUGAAGGAUACCAAUGCACGGAUCACUUUGAUGGCAGCAAUUCGUAAGAAGCUUGUGAUUGUGGGAGAUGGAGCCUGUGGUAAAACCUGCCUGCUGAUUGUCUUCAGUAAAGACCAGUUUCCUGAGGUUUAUGUGCCCACAGUGUUUGAAAACUACAUCGCUGACAUAGAGGUGGAUGGCAAACAGGUGGAGUUGGCUCUAUGGGACACAGCUGGUCAGGAAGACUAUGAUCGGUUGAGGCCAUUGUCAUAUCCAGACACAGAUGUUAUUCUGAUGUGUUUCUCUAUAGACAGUCCAGAUAGUUUAGAGAAUAUCCCAGAGAAGUGGACACCAGAAGUAAAACAUUUUUGUCCCAAUGUUCCCAUCAUCCUGGUGGGAAAUAAAAAGGACCUGCGAAAUGAUGAACACACACGCAGGGAGCUCAUCAAGAUGAAACAGGAACCUGUAAAACCGGAGGAGGGGCGUGAUAUGGCUAACCGGAUCAGUGCUUUUGGAUAUCUGGAGUGUUCGGCUAAAACUAAGGAGGGAGUGCGGGAGGUGUUUGAGAUGGCCACCAGGGCGGCACUGCAGGUCCGCAAGCGCAAGAAGAGAAGCGGUUGCCUGCUCUUAUGAGCCUCACUGUUACAAACACAUAUCUCUAUCUGCUUUCCAACAACUGACACACAAAUCCUGGAGAACCUUUAUCCAACUGUCUGCCACCUCGUACAAUUCCCCACAUAACAAUCGAGGUGUGGAUGACCGAAAAAUAUUUUUAGAGAAACCGAAGUGUCAACACCUCUUGAUCAUGAUGGCUUUAUUUCUUUUUUCUUUUCACCAGCAUACCUUCCUUCCUUUACUGGGAGAAAGACUGACUGAUUAAGUUUGUAUAAAUCUUCUCUGUUUUGCUCUAUUUUCUGGUUUGCAGUUAUUCUAUGCCUCUGAAUAUAAUGUGCAAUGAGGUUGAAAUCUGAUACAUUUGGAAAAAAAAAAAAAUAAGAAUACAUUUAUCAUUCAGUUUGACUGUACUUCGUUUCUCUAUGUUUAUGAAUGCUGAUUUUGGGACUGUGCCCAACUGGAAUCUUGAUGGAUGAACAGCAAGUUCUCUGAUCAAUAGUGAAGGGAGACUGAUAUGUCCAGCAGUAAAAGGGUUUAGUUAGCCCAAAGAGAGUUAGCAUAAAGUGCUAACUGAAUUAGCUCAAUCAGGUGGUCACUCUGACCUGUUCUGCUGUGUGUGUUCGUACAAUAAUUGGCUUUAUUGGCCAAGUUGUAAAAAAAAAAUGUCUUCAUAAAUAUAAUAAAACAUGCAAGAAACUGAUUUGUGAGGACAUCUGAAGUAGUUCUCACUAUUUGAAAUGCUCAUAAAUUAGCCAAAUUAUGUUUUGUUUCAAAUAUAAUAAUGAAACAAACCAUUAGGUUUAGGGGGUAUGGGUAUAGCAAAUAUCCUCACCUCCAAAUAAAAACCACUGCACCUGUAAGAUGUCCUCACUGAUAUAGUGAAACCAAUGUGUGUAUCCAAGACAGUUAUAGAGAGAACUUAUUUUUGGCUCCAUCUGAGGUAGAGUGCAUUGCAAUAUCAGAAGUGAUAAGAAGUCAAAUUAAAUCAAUCUACUCCAGAAAGGUGAUACCUGCUCAAAAAAGGCAUUUAGUGGCUGACCAUCCAUUUUUAUUUAGAUUGAAGUGGAUCUCUGCCC